UGAAUUUAGACAAAGAAGAUGGAAGGAAGCUGGUUCCAGAAAGAGAGAUUCCCCUUCUUCCUUGUUCUCAAUCUUCUGCUUCAAGGAAGGAGCAGUACCUUCAUCAACAACUGCUCAGGGUCUUCCCAGGAUGGCAUGUAUCCCACUGUUCUGGAGUCAGUGUUCAACAGGAAGGCCUUCCGUCCAGUCACCAAUUUCAGCAUCCCCACCCUAGUCAACAUCUCCUUCACUAUGUCUGCUAUUCUAGAUGCGGUCUGGGAUAACCCAUUUAUCAGAUGGAACCCAGAGGAAUGUGAGGGCAUCACGAAGAUCAGUGUGACAACCAAGAAUCUGUGGCUCCCAGACAUUUUCAUCGUUGAGUUCAUGGAUGUAGAUAAGACCCCAAAAGGGCUCACGGCAUAUGUAAGUAAUGAAGGUCGCAUCAGAUAUAAGAAACCCAUGAAGGUGGCCAGCAUCUGUAACCUAGAUAUCUUCUACUUCCCUUUUGACCAGCAGAACUGCACACUCACCUUCAGCUCAUUCCUCUACACAGUGGAGAACAUGUUGCUCGGCAUGGAGAAAGAAGUGUGGGAAAUAGCAGACACAUCCCAGGACAUCAUUCAAACCCAUGGAGAGUGGGAGCUCCUGGGCAUCAACAAGUCCACCCCAAAGAUGUCCCUGGGCACCAGCCUGUAUGAUCAGAUCAUGUUCUAUGUGGCCAUCAGGCACAGGCCCAGACUCUACAUCAUAAACUUUCUGUUGCCCAGUGGCUUUCUGAUUGCCAUCGAUGCCAUCAGCUUCUACCUCCCAGCAGAAAGCGGGAAUCGUGCCCCAUUCAAGAUAACCCUUCUUCUGGGCUACAAUGUCUUCCUGCUCAUGGUGAAUGAUUUACUCCCCACCAGUGGCACCCCCCUUAUCAGUGUCUACUUUGCCCUGUGUCUGUCCCUGAUGGUGGUGAGCCUGCUGGAGACCAGUUUCAUCACCUACCUGCUGCACCUUGCCACCACCCAGCCCCCACCCAUGCCUUGGUGGCUUCAUUCUCUGCUCCUCUGUUGCACCAGGCCAAGAAAAUGCUGCCCCACUGCACUCCAGAAGAGAAAUAAAGGUCUGGCCCUACCCCCUGCCCACCUGCCUGGUGUGAAGGAGCCUGUGGAGUUGGUGGGGAACGUGUCAGGUCCCAGAGAGGCAGAGUUAAAUGGGUGGCCUCAAUCAACAAGGGCCCAGGAGGAAGAUGAGACUAAGAAGCAGCACUUGGUCAACCUAUGGGUGCAGUUCAGCCACAGGAUGGACACCCUGCCCUUCUGCCUCUACCUGCUCCUCAUGGCCACCUCUGUGGUCACAGCCAUUGUCCUCCGGAACAACUAGCCAUGAUGUCUAUCUGCUCCUGCUCUUGCUCCAGCGAAGAACUGCUUCUGGGUUCCAGAGACCAGUCAGGUUUUUGCCUUGUUGACUACCAACUGUCACAGCCCAAAGAUGACCAGUUCCCUGUUGCAUUCCAUGCAUCUCAAUCCAGACCCACUGAUCAGUCUCAACCAACUCCAGACAUUUUCCUCUUGCAUCUGCAUUCUAUAGACUUCCCUCAGUCUUCCCUUGAAGUUCUAGACUCCCCUAUGUCUUCUCCAUAGCAGUCCCACCUCCUCUGCUUGUUUACUUGUCCCAAUAAAUCAUUCUA